AUGAAGGUGACGGUAAAUAAGGUACACAGCGUUUUUGCGUGGACAUGGCAUAUACCGAAGGACAAUCAGGACGAUAACAUCGAACCGAUUGCUGAUGACGAUGGAGACGAUGAUGUGUGUGGUAUCUGCAGAGCUAGUUACAAUGCAACUUGCCCUGGCUGUAAAUUCCCCGGAGACGGAUGUCCGCUGGUGGUUGGAGAAUGCAAUCACAAUUUCCAUGUGCAUUGCAUCUACAAGUGGCUAGAUACAACUACGUCCAGAGGACUAUGUCCGAUGUGCAGGCAACUUUUCCAGCUUAAGAAGGGACUAGCCAUCAACGACUCGCAAACCGCAAAGUUUCGAGAACUUCGACACAGACAAUGGCAAAAUAGACAGCAAGAGUUGGGUGAUCAACAGGAUAACAACGAAUCAGACUUACUUGGUGACCAGGACGACUCAAUGUUGGACCAAGGGCUUGUUGUUAGAUGA